GGGGGCUGAGGUCCGCCGAGCCGGGUGGCCCAGCCAAGGGGUGGGUGGGUCUUUCUGGGCGCCUGGCGACCCCCUCUGCCGACGCAGCGCCGACGUAGAGUGUCAAGCGAACUUUAAAAAGCUGCUCCAGAGCAACCUGCGCGGGGAUCUCCACGGUCGGGGACCCUGGAGCGGAGGGGUCCAGUCUGAGGGAAAUGCUGGGAGGUCCGAUCAGCCGGUGACGGGAACUUUCCCGCGAGUCUACCGAGGAGAACUGCGCUCUGCCUCCUCCUUCAUUUUCCCAAGCUCAGCCCACAUUGGCGACCAGCUUCGCUGGAGAGCUGCGCGCUCUCCGCCCCGGCAGUGAGUGAAUUGAAUCCCCCGCCCUGCCCGGCGCCUCGGAGCUGCUGAAGAGUGUCGCUCAGGGCCGGUUCAGCGCUGCAUUUCCCCGGAGGCAACCGCCCGCCAACCCUCGCUCUCCGUGCGCGCUGGCCCGGGGCGCCGGAGCCGGUGUUUGAGGCGGGAGCUGGUUCUUGGAUGCUGAAGGCUGGGCUCUUCCAGUGUGGGUGUCGAAGGGGCAAUGGGUGCCUUCAAAGUGUGGCUCGGGGUGGCCCUAGCAUUGGCGGGAUUUGCAGCAUUGCCUCAUCAUUCCGAAGGUGCUUGUGUCUAUCAGGGUUCCUUGUUGGCGGAUGCCACAACUUGGAAGCCUGAUUCAUGCCAGAACUGCCGUUGCCAUGGCAACAUCGUUAUCUGCAAACCUGCUGUUUGCAGAAACCCUCAGUGUGCCUUUGAGAAGGGAGAAGUGCUUCAGAUAGCUGCCAACCAGUGCUGCCCUGAGUGUGUGUUGAGGACUCCCGGAUCUUGCCAUCAUGAAAAGAAAAUCUAUGCGCAUGGGACAGAGUGGGCCGCCUCCCUGUGCAGUGUGUGUUCUUGUACCCGUGGGGAAGUCCGAUGCAGCCCCCAGCCGUGCCCACCGCUGUUGUGUGGACAGCACGAGCUGGAAUUCAUCCCUGAAGGCACCUGCUGCCCAGUGUGUGUGGGCCCUGGGAAACCUUGUUCCUAUGAAGGCCGUGUAUUUCAGGAUGGGGAAGACUGGCCUUUGAGUCGGUGUGCCAAAUGUGUGUGUAGAAAUGGGGUCGCCCAGUGCUUCACAGCUCAGUGUCAACCUCUGUUUUGUAACCAGAUGUCUUCAAAUGCAAGUGAAGUUAAGCGUAUUCCAGAGGGGGAGAAGUGGGAGGAUGGCCCUUGCAAGGUGUGUGAGUGCUGGGGCUCUCAGGUCACUUGCUACGAGCCCUCUUGUUCACCGUGUCCAGUGGCCACACUAUCCCAGGUGGUGAAGGGACGGUGCUGUCCAGACUGUACGUCAGUUCGUUGCCACCCAGACUGCUUGACCUGCUCUCAGUCUCCGGAGCAUUGUGACCUGUGUCAGGACCCCACAAAGUUGCUGCGGAAUGGACAGUGUGUACAUAGCUGUGGUCUGGGAUUUUACCAAGCUGGAGCUCUCUGUUUAGCCUGCCAGCCUCAGUGCUCCACGUGUACCAGUGGGCUGGAGUGCUCGUCCUGCCAACCUCCACUGCUGAUGCAGCAUGGCCAGUGUGUGUCCAGCUGUGAGGACGGCUUCUACCAAGACCGCUACUCCUGUGCAGUCUGCCACGAGUCCUGUGCUGCCUGCUGGGGUCCGACAGAGAAGCACUGCAUGGCCUGCAGAGACCCCCUCCAAGUGCUGAGGGAGGGUGGCUGCGAGAACGGCUGUGGCCUCGGGUUCUACAACAAGCAGGGGAUCUGCAGUGCUUGUGACGAAUCCUGUAAGAGUUGUGGUCCCAAUAGUCCCAGGUGUCUUACCUGUGCUGAGAAGACAGUGUUGCAUGAUGGGAAAUGCAUUGCUGAAUGCCCUGAUGGGUACUAUGUUGAGGCCACUGGCAGAUGCAGAGCUUGUCAUAAUUCAUGUGCCGGCUGCUCCGGACCCACGGGCUCACACUGCACAGCCUGCAUCCAGCCCCGGGCUCUGCGCCAAGGCCGCUGCCUGUCCAGCUGCGGAGAGGGCUUCUACCCUGACCACGGGGUCUGCAAAGACUGUCAUCCCCUGUGCCAGCACUGUGCCGCUGAUCUCCACCACACCGGCAGCGUCUGCCUGAGCUGCCAGAAUGCCCGGUACCUGCUGCUGGGGGACCACUGUGUGCCUGAUUGCCCUUCUGGAUACUACACGGAGAGAGGAGCUUGUACAAAAUGUCACUCCUCCUGCAGAACCUGCCAGGGCGUGGGACCCUUCUCCUGCACCUCGUGUGACGCCGACCUCGUUCUGUCCCACCUCGGCACCUGCAGCACCGCCUGCUUCCCGGGGCACUAUCUCGAUGAUCGCCGUGCUUGUCAGCCAUGUGAAGCGCAUUGUGGAAGCUGUGAUUCACAGGCCAGCUGUACCUCCUGCCGAGAUCCAAACAAGGUCCUACUCUUUGGGGAAUGUCAGUAUGAGGGCUGUGCCCCACAGUACUAUCUUGACUUCUCCACCAAGAUAUGCAAAGGAACAGAGGCUUAUAAAGCCUACAUAAAGUUCAUGCAGCUUGACGUGGAACUGGAGAUCCUCACUAACUAUGUGGCUUUCUUAGGAGAGGUGGUCCUGCUGGUUGAUAUGCCUGCAGACAGUCCUGCAGAGGAAGGGCAGCACCUGCCUGAUGGGAGGACAGCAACUCCCACCAGCACCUUUACCCAGCAAGACAUCAACGAAGGCAUCGUGUGGUACAGGCACUCAGGAGUCCCGGCCCAGAGCGAUUCCUUCCUCUUUCAGGUGUCCAGUGCCACAGAUGCCCAUACACAUCUGGAGAGCCGCAUGUUCAACAUCGCGAUCUUACCACAGACACCGGGGGCGCCUAAACUCUCUCGGGGAGCGUCUCUCCAUAUGACCGCUCGGGAAGAUGGCCUCACUGUGAUUCAGCCUCAUUCCCUCUCCUUUGUAAACUCUGAGAGGCCAAGCGGAAAGGUUAUCUACAAUAUCACUUUACCUCUGCAUCCAAAUCAAGGAAUCAUCGAACACAGGGACCAGCCUCACUCUCCCAUCCGGUAUUUCACACAGGAAGAUAUUAACCAGGGCAAAAUCAUGUACCGUCCUCCCCCUGCAGCUCCCCACCUCCAGGAGAUCAUGGCCUUCUCCUUCGCUGGUCUCCCAGAAUCGGUGAAAUUUCACUUCACAGGCAUCAAGGAAAGCAAAAAAGACUACAUACCAUAUGAUACCAAUUCAAUUGGCAGAAAUUUAAAAGAUGAUUCUUCCCCCGACUCAGAGAUCUGGAUUCAGUUAAGUUCUCUGCCCACGUAUGGUGCUCUCUUAAGAGUGUCAGGACCUGAAGUGGAAGAGCUCUCAGAGGUUUCCAAUUUCACAAUGGAAGACAUCAACAACCAGAAAAUUAGGUACUCAGCUGUGUAUGAGACUGAUGGUAAUCUGGUUACUGAUGGCUUCCAUUUCUCUGUCUCCGAUACGGACCACAACCAUCUAGACAAUCAGAUGUUUACCAUCAUGAUCACUCCUGUUGAGAAUCCACCUCCAGUCAUUGCUUUUGCUGACCUUAUCACGGUUGACGAGGGAGGGAGAGCUCCGCUCUCCUUUCACCAUUUCUUUGCCGCUGAUGAUCAGGACAACCUCCAGAGAGAUGCCAUCAUUAAGCUAAGUGCUCUGCCCAAAUAUGGCUGCAUCGAGAACACGGGAACAGGUGAUCGUUUUGGCCCUGGAACUGCCAGCGACCUAGAGGCAUCAUUCCCUAUUCAAGAUGUCCUGGAAAACUACAUUUACUACUUUCAGAGUGUUCAUGAAAGCAUUGAGCCAACCCAUGACAUUUUUAGUUUUUAUGUAAGUGAUGGAAACAGUCGUUCAGAAAUCCACAGCAUCAAUAUCACCAUUGAGAGGAAGAACGAUGAACCUCCCAGGAUGACCUUGCGGCCCCUUGGUGUGCAGCUAAGCUCGGGAGUGGUGAUAAGCAAUUCUUCUCUGAGCCUGCAAGACCUGGACACUCCAGAUAAUGAGCUGGUUUUUGUAUUGACAAAAAAGCCUGACCACGGCCAUCUGCUCUGGAGGCAAACUGCUUCUGAGCCCCUGGAGAAUGGGAGGGUUUUAACUCAAGGCUCCUCCUUCACCUACCAGGAUGUCCUGGCCGGGCUGGUCGGGUACAUGCCUGGUGGACCCGGGGUAGCAGUGGAUGAGUUCCAGUUCUCCCUCACGGAUGGCCUGCACAUGGACACGGGGAGGAUGGAGAUAUACAUAGAGCUGCCUACAAGUAGCGCCCCCAACUUGGCUGUAAACCGAGGCCUCCAGCUCUCAGCAGGGUCUGUAGCACGCAUCACAGAACAGCAUUUGAGAGUGACAGAUACUGAUUCGGAUGACCGUCAGGUGAUGUACAUCAUGAAGGAAGAUCCUGGCGCGGGGCGCCUGCAGAUGGCAAAGCACGGCAACCCGGAGCAAAUCUCUGUGAAAGGCCCCAUCCGGAGUUUCACUCAGGCUGACAUUAGCCAAGGCCAAGUAGAAUACAGACACGGGAAAGGAGAAUCUGGCGGGAGGUUUGCUUUUAAAUUCGAUGUGGUCGAUGGAGAAGGCAACACGCUGAUUGGCCAGUCAUUUUCUAUCAGUGUUUUGGAAGACAAUUCCCCACCAGUCAUCACCACCAACAAAGGGCUGGUCUUGGAUGAGAACUCAGUGGAGAAAAUCACCACUCUGCAGCUCUCUGCCACUGACCAGGAGAGUAAGCCUACAGAAUUGAUCUAUAUCAUCACUAGACAACCUGAGCUGGGCCACCUGGAACAUGCCACCUCACCAG